UUAGAGAAACGUGAAUUGGUUCUACUUAAACCAAUCAGCAUAUCGACAAUUCCCUUUUAACCAUUUGGACCACCAUCAUCAUCGUCGUCGUCGUCUAUCCAUCAUGGCGAAACGAGCACCGGCAAAGAGAGUAGCAGUGAUCGGGGCUGGUCCGUCCGGUUUGACCGCGAUCAAGGCAUGUCUGGAAGAGGGUCUCGAACCGGUGUGCUUCGAGAAGACCAACACCCUCGGGGGUCUUUGGUACUACCGGGAGGACCGGACCGAGCUUUCGUGUGUGUUCCGUUCCACCAUCAUCAACACCAGUAAAGAGACGAUGUGUUUCAGUGACUACCCCAUCCCCGACGACUGGCCAAAUUUUCUACACAACAUUAAAGUGCUAGAGUAUUUCAAGAACUAUGCCGUUCACUUCGGACUGUUGCGAUACAUCACUUACAAGACCAAAGUGAACACCAUUCUCCCCGCCGAUGAUUUCGACUUGACUGGGCGAUGGAAGCUGUCGCUGACGACCACGGAUGACGGGGCGACGAGGGACGAGAUAUUCGAUGCCGUGUUCAUAUGUACUGGUCACCAUUGCACUCCGAACAUUCCAAAGUUCGAGGGACUAAAUGACUUCAAGGGAGAGGUACUCCACACCCAUGAUUAUCUCAUCCCUGAUAAAUACCGAGGAAAACGGAUCGUGGUCGUCGGCAUGGGAAACUCUGGGGUCGAUGCGGCGGUUGAACUCGGUAGAGUGGCUUCAAAGUUGUUCUUGAGCACGAGGAGUGGAGCCUGGAUCACUCUUAGAAUGGUCGAUAGAUGUUUACCUGGUGAUCUAGUGAAUAGAUUCAAUAGAUCAUACCCUCUCUGGUUUCAAGACUACUACGCUAGGACCAUUAGCAUGAAUCGCGUUGACCACGAGUUCCUCGGUAUUAAGCCCAACUUCAGCAUCACCGCCGCCCAUCCUACCGUCAACGAUGACCUCCCCGGCUGCAUCGCCAGCGGCUUCGUCAACAUCAAGCCAAACGUCCGUCGAUUCACGGAAAGGGGCGUGGUCUUCGAUGACGGCUCUGAAGAAGCUCUCGACGUGGUCGUCCUCGCGACGGGAUACAAGAUCGCCUUUCCUUACAUUCCACAGAGCGUCCUCCCUAUCAAUGAUAACCACGUGGAGAUGUAUAAGUUUGUGUUUAAUCCCGAGCAUAGGCAUCCGACCAUGGCCGUACUGGGCAUGGUUCAACCCAUUGGGCCCAUAAUGCCCGUGUCUGAGCUUCAAGCCCGCUGGGCCUCUAGAGUCUUUAAAGGUAUCAACCAACUGCCUUCUAGAGAAGUCAUGACGAAACAAAUUAAGAAGAGAAACGACGACAUGGCAAAAAGAUACAAGAAAUCUCCAAGACACACAAUUCAGAUUGACGUAAUGCCAUACAUGGACGAAGUCGCUAAAGAGAUCAAAGCCAAGCCUAACUUCUUCUGGCUCCUUCUGACCGACCCGGUCCUGGCCUACCACUACCUGUUCUCACCCUUCAUCCCAGCCCAGUACCGCGUGACUGGCCCCCAUCCUUGGUCCAGGGCCAGGAAGCACAUGAUGACCGUCUGGCCCAGGAUUAUGAGGCCUUACAAGACCAGGCACGGCGGGAACGAGUCUAUGAAGGUCUUGAAGAGCCAAAGGUCAGGGUUCAGCUUCCUCAAGUUCUUCUUGUUGCUUGGAGCCAUCAGCACCUGCGGUUUGGCAUUGUACCGUCGACCGACAUGGCUCGGGGAACCGAUCAAUGUCGCCCUGGCUUUCUUCAGACGCUAAUUUGCAGGAAGAUUACACAUUCCGAUGGCACGAGGGUAUUUUGACUGGGGAAGGGAUGGGGUGGCGGUCCUCCCUUCCCUUUGUCGUGUUUGUCUAACUUUCCCCUUCAUUUUGGAUUGCUUGAAAAUGAUUGGGGAUGGAUUGACCCAAACGUGUGGCGCCACCUUGUCGAAUCAAUAUCUUUUGACAUUUAACAGACAUUAUUUGAUAGCUCAUCAAUUUUUGCUUUUGUUUGCUGGUUUUGCUCGCUUUUCUUUUAUUAAUGUGCUGAAAGAUGUUGAUGAUAGCACUGAUACAUUAUGAUUUAUCAUUUAUCUUCUGUACGAUAUAAAGCCAUGUUUAUGCUCAAGGGCAUGAGUUGCCUUAUCGGGAGUCGAACUCCGGACUUUCAUAAUUUUGUUGUAUGUUGCGUGGGUUUUCAGAAAACGUCUGACGCCGAAGUCCAAACUUACAAAGUUACGGACUUACAGAAAUCAUCAUUUCGAUGUAACUGUUCUUCGCAUGUCAUGAACAAAAUGUAGUAAGUGAACAGAUGAUGUUAUAUUCCCACUUUUUUUUAUUGUAUUACGUGACGUCUUCAUGAUUACAUUGAUUCAAAUAAUCUGCUCCUGAAAUACAAAAGCAUGAUCUACGUCAAAAUGUAUGAGAUCAUCAUAUUAAUUUGGCACUUUUGGUACACUAUAAAAAAUAUUUAGCCAAUAUAGGGUAAAAUGGGAACAUGCAUUUUGGUUGGGUAAAAAGAUAUUUUGUAAAAUUUACGCAAUAUUGCGUUGGAAUAGCCCUGACGGGGUAAAAUUAUACGUAGGAAAAAUUAAUGUUCACUUCCCAUCCAAUAUUGGGUAAAAUUUUACUCAGUGUUUUUAGAGUGUAUAUUUCUCAUUUACAUUUAAACAUGUUAAAGUUGUCUAAUUCGGAUUUCAUAAAAUGAAAUAAUAAUGAAAUUUGGAACUGACGUGUUAGAAUAAUUUUACAUUUCACCCAAUUUUUCACUACACUUUGAUUGCUCACAAGACCGCUGAAAAUUGUCUUUAAAAACUUUCCAAAAAAUAAAAUAUCGUAGUGGCUUCCUUUGAAAUUUGAAUAUGCAUACAUAAUUAUCCCAGGAGUUAAUUUACACCUUGUAUGAAAAUAAAACAUAUUUUAGAUUGUGUUGAAAACAUUGCAAAGUAGGUGCACUGACAUUGUACUAAUGAGAUUCAGGAAUGAUACGCUCGACACUAGCACAGCCACUUUUUGGGCUAUUCCCUUUACUCCUAGUUAUCUGGGAACGGGGUCAAUCAAUAUCCCUUUUUCCUUCUUAAGAAGAUGAUUUACUUUGUUCUUUAAUUCUUUGUAACUUUUCCAUGAUGAGGCAUCAACUUUCUUCAGCGCCCAAUCAUUAAGCAUGAUCUCUUUCUUGCAUCAUUUCAAUAUUAAUGGCAUCAUUAAGGGCACCCAUUUUUUCGUAUUCUUUUUUUCACAGAUCGGCAUAAUUAUGUUUAUCAACAGUAUGCAUAUGGGGUUAGAUAAUGGUUAGAUAAUGGUCACAGGUCAUUCAUACUUGCCUUUUUUAACACCUGUCUCAGAAAAUAAUUCU